AAAACUGUCGUAGCAAAACAUUUAGUUUGCAUUGAAUCAGGCAGCUACUGAUAGUUCAUUCAGUGUUUUGCAAUAAACCCGAUUUGUACUGUGAUUUAAUCAGUACUCAAUAAGAAAGCGCGUAAAAUAUGGUACAUAUGUUAUUGAAUGUUUGACCGCAAUUGUAAAUAAGAUUCCGCACAAAAAUGGAUUUAUUGGCUCAAUUUAAAAGUUCGAACGUUGUUCACCUGUGCUUGGCAAUUUCGUAUUUUACAUCUGGACUCAUAAUAAAUAUUGUACAAUGUAUAUUGUUCUAUGGACUGAAACCAUUCAAUAAGAGAUUGUAUCGCCGUAUCGGCUACUAUUUAUGCUACUCAUUUUACAGCCAAAUGGUUUUCAUUGCCGAUUGGUGGUCAGGCUCGAAAUUGUACGUCUAUUGUGAUGAAGACAUUCGGAAAAAGUACUUAGGCAAAGAGCAUGCAUUGUUAUUAAUGAACCAUACAUAUGACGUUGAUUGGUUAAUUGGAUGGAUGCUGUGCGAAAAAGUCGGUGUGCUUGGCAAUUGCAAGGCAUAUGCAAAAAAAGUGAUUCAAUACAUUCCAGCUAUUGGUUGGUCAUGGAAAUUUGCUGAGUUUGUCUUUUUGGAGCGAUCAUUUGAUAAAGACAAGGAGAUUAUUGGACGACAAAUAAAUGAAAUCUUCGAUUAUCCAGACCCGGUUUGGCUAUUGCUAAACGCCGAAGGAACACGUUUUACUGAAACAAAACAUGAAGCAUCCGUAAAAUUCGCACAAGAACGUGGCAUGACCGUUUUGAAACAUCAUUUAAUUCCACGCACAAAGGGUUUCACUGCCAGUCUACCAUCAUUGAAAGCAAAAUGCCCAUCGAUUCUAGAUAUUCAGCUUGCAUUUAAAAAAACUGACAAGAUCGAACCAACCAUUGGUAAUUUAUUACAUGGACGUGGUGUCACUGGAUACAUGCAUGUUCGUCGCAUUGAUAUGAAAUCAUUACCCGAUAAUGAAGAAGAAGCUGCUGAAUGGAUGCAAGAUUUAUUCCGUUUUAAAGAUAAACUUCAAGAUAGUUUUCAUACACACGGUGAUUUCUUUAAAGGCACUGGAUUGACUCCCGUUGAACCGAUUGUGUACAAGCCAACCAUUGGUACUCUUGGAAAUCUUGUGUUUUGGGCCAUCGUUACGCUAGUGCCAAUGUUAUACUAUCUUAUUGGUCUUUUGUUUAGUGGGAAAUUGUUAUACUUUCUAAUUGGCGUAACCAUUAUCGGAGUGUUCUAUGUUUUGAUGCAGAAAGCUAUUGGAAUGUCGAAAAUAAGUAAAGGGUCAUCAUAUGGUGCCACUACAAAGAAUAGUAGUUAAAUUCCAACGUAAUUGUUAUUAAUUGUUAAUUUAAAACAAUGAAAAAAAUACACAGUUUUUUGAAUAAAUUUUUUUUUUGUUCAAUCCCAAUUAUCAUCAAAUAUCAAAUGA